AUGGUGGCAACUGGGAUUCUGGCACUGAUUUUGCGCUAUUUUUCGAAAAGCUCUAAAUCUAGAGGGGGGCAUGUGGUAACAUAUAGAAGACAAGACGAUGAACCCGAGCGUGUGCCAGUGGAUGAUGGCCACCAACGAAUCGCCAAGUACAAGGAGUGGUUUUUCAAUCUUCAUAACUUAGAAGAGCAUUUUGAUCUCCUACCCAGGGCCCGCCAAGAGCUUAUAGGGCUCCUUUCUGAAGCAUUACUUUCGUCAAGACAUGCGGACCACCAAGCCAACCAACAACACAACAUCCUACCGGAGGAGUACAGUUCUUCGUCGCUUGAAGAAUUCAUCCUUAAGGAACACGAUGAUGUUCUGGAGCAGUGGCAACAGUAUGUCGAUGGUCGUAAUGCCGGUCAAGGGCCCGAUCUAUUCGAUUCACGUCUAACUGCAGAAAAAUGGCUCCGGCAGCAAGCCCCUGCGAAGUAUGUAGAUGGUGCGUGGUUAGGUCACGUCCAUCGGCUUACCGAGCGGACGCCAUUUGCCUUACGCGGUAUCACGCAGAGUGCUUGGCAAGUGUUGUCUGAAGAGUUGGGUGACGGGAAUCUUGACAUGAACCAUGUAUUCCUAUACCGCGAAUUGCUUCAUAGUAUUGGCGUUAAACUCCCUGCAGCAGAUUCUGCCGAGUUUGCAUUCGAUGAUCAUGGCAUGGGCAAUGUGGCCGCUUGGAAAGGGGCUGUAUGCCAGCUUUUGAUAUCCCUGUUCCCUGAGGAAUUCCUACCUGAAAUGCUAGGAUUCAACCUACAUUAUGAACAAGUUACACUAAACACCUUAAAGGCGGCCAGAGAGUUGUCGGAACUAGGGAUUUCGGGCUAUUACUUUUACCUGCACAUCUCGAUCGAUAACGCGAACUCUGGCCAUGCAGCAAUGUCAUUGAAUACCGUUCAGCGUUAUAUGGAGUUCGUCAAAGAAACCGCGGGGCCACUUGAUGCGAAAGAGGCUUGGAACCGUAUAAAGGCCGGAUACUUGCUUUCCAAGUCUUCGCAAGAGAACGGCGAACCUGAGUCAUCGACCGCGAAUCCUUAUUUAUCCUCGCAGGAGACUAAAAUCAUCGGCAUUCUUGAAGCCAAGGCGCGAGUAUCUCAGAAAAUUCAUUGCCCUAGUCGGGUCAAAAUUGGAGGCAAACCACUGGUUGAUUGGCUGUCCCCUGAAUUAUGGUCAUCGAAAUUCUUGCAGGCCAAAUUGCUACGAGAUCUUAGCAGGGCGAAGCCGUGGAUUCGAAGAGGGGAUAGCAAGAAUAGCCGUUUGAUCAAAGAGAUGUCCUGGAAAGGAAAAAUGUUUGGUGCUUUCAGUAACGCUGAAAUCCGGUAUGUCAGGCGAUGGAUUGACUCCUUGAGCAAUGAAACUACGGAUAACCACGGAUCUAUGACCGGAAGUUCUUAUUGGCGGUUGGUCGGUACGUCACGUCGCGACAAUAAAGACGGCAUUCACUCUAUCGUAUCACCAGACAUAUUCGCUAUGAAUAAUGAAGAAAUAUCUAGCCUUCGCACCGGUUCCUACACGGAGGAGCAAUCUCCUAGAAUAUAUGAAUGGUUCUCGAGAAGAGUUAAAAAUCCUGCGGGUUUUAACAUGAACAUUUUCCUAUCGCUCUGGUUUGCUCAUCCAUGUCUUCAAGGGUUUGUCACUAUACCGUACAGGACAACUACUCCGUUAGCUUGCCACAUAGUACGAAUUCUACGGAUAGACAAUGGGUUCCGACCCGACUUGAGCAGUGGGGCCAUAAUAGACGAAGAGACUCCAAAAGUCGACUACCCAUCGUACGCGCCUAGGAGCCUUGUCGACCUUGGCUUGGAAAUCGUCCAUCGACAUGGAGAUAAGCAUGGUUUACCUUCAAAUCCGAGCCGUAUUGGGGAUAUUUUUGAUGCAAUCGACGGGUCCGAUCGUGAAGCAUCUGAUGCCGUGGCUUUCGCGCGCAAGAUGCUUCACCUUUCACUACGUCCGGUUGCGAACGGCCCAACGCUCCUUGGUUUAGCCUGCGCAUUUUUAGGCCUCGAGGAAUGGGUUGCCCAAUCUCCAAGUAUGCUUUCUGAGUUAGGCUGUAGUACUCUGAAGGAUAUGGUGAACGAGAAGAGGGACUGCCUAAAGCGGUGUCUUGAAGAAUUAAGGGGUGAUAGCUCUCAAUAUGCUCAGUUUACCAUCGGAUUUGAGCUAGGAUGGGCACAGAUAGAUGAGAUUUUCAAAUAG